AUGGCGUCGAGGAGGCAGGCGGCCGCCGGCGCCGGUGCCGGCGAUGUUUUUGCUCAAGAACACAAGGGCGAUGUCAGGCUCGGCAAGAAAACAAAGGCCAAGGUUGCUCAACAACCAGCAGCAGAAACUCGUCGACCCCUUGUUGAGGUCGGCAAUGUCAUAAAUGGCCGGCAUGCUCCAGCUGAUCCGAGCCGUCACAAAGAAGUAGCUGCUGUAGAAGCUAACAAGUGUGUGAGAGCUAUCAAGCAACACAAGGAGAACAACAGGGUGAAGCCCGAACUUAUCGUGAUAAGUUCAGACUCAGAAAAUGAGAAGAAAAAUCAAGCUAAGAGAGCCGCCUCCCGGAGGUCGCCCAUCAACACACUUACAAAAAUUCUUAGCAAAUGCAGCAGGGCUUCUGAUGGGGUGAUCUCCAGCCCGAAGAAGGCCCCGGUGACGUACAACAUUGACGCAUCUGAUGCUCACAAUGAGCUGGCAGUGGUUGAUUAUGUUGAAGACAUUUACAGGUUCUACAAGAGCACUGAGAGCACCUGCCGGCCUCUCUGUACGUACAUGAUUUCACAGACCGAUAUAAAUGAGAGAAUGAGGGCAAUACUGAUUGAUUGGAUUAUUGAGGUCCACCACAGGCUUAUUCUCAUGCCAGAGACCUUGUACCUGACGGUCUACAUUAUUGAUCUGUACUUGUCCAUGAAGAAUGUUCUGAGAAAGGACCUUCAGCUCAUUGGCGUAAGCGCCAUGCUGAUAGCAUGCAAGUAUGAAGAGAUAUGGGCUCCCCUGGUUCAGGAUCUGUUGUGCAUAUCAGAUAACUCAUUUUCUCGGGAACAGGUCCUACGCAAGGAGAAGUCCAUACUCAACACGCUGCAGUGGAACUUAACUGUUCCAACCUUGUAUAUGUUCAUGGUUCGGUAUCUGAAAGCUGCAAUGGGGGAUAAGGAGCUGGAAAAUAUGGCGUUCUUUUAUGCCGAGCUUUCACUGGUUCAGUACACCAUGCUACAAUACCCCCCAUCAAAGACUGCAGCAGCAGCUGUCUACGCUGCUCGGUGCACACUGAAUAUGAGCCCACGCUGGAACGAUGUCCUGGAGCACCAUACAGGCUUAGCUGAGUGGCAGCUGCUGGAUUGCGCGAUGCGUCUAGCAAGCCUGCACGCGGCGGCACCUGGGAGCAAGCAGAAGGUGGUCUACGUCAAGUACUCGAGCCCCAAGCUUGGGGCCGUGUCGCUCUACGCCCCUUCAAAGAGACUGAUGAUUUGAGCGCUUCUUCUCUUCCCCGCUGGCACACGAUGCUCGUGUUCCUUUUUUGGUCCUGGAUAAAGCUUCUCUCUGUGUCGCCCGACUAUCAUCGCUUCGAUGUUACCUGGAUGACUAGAAACAGAGAGAUGUAUAGCAUAAAUAUGUGCUGGAGACGAUGCAACAUUUGCUCUAUCGACACUGCCAUCAUCAUGAUUCGUAACAAAUGUAAAGUCGAACAUGUUUUGUUACUCCUUUAUUAUAUCAUAUACAUCGUGUUUUAGGUU